UAUCUUAGCUGGUUUCAUAACUAUUAGUGUGAAUAUUUUUUGCCAGCUUUAUCACCUCAUCAAAUAUUGUAAUGUACUUUAAUGCUAACCAAUUGAAACGCGCUCUAUAGUUUGGCGACAACCAAAAUGCAUGUAUGGCACAAGUGAAUGUGAAUUCAAACCCAGUUUGUCAGAAAUACUUUAAUUCGUGUUAUUUAUUGUUUUAUUAUAAAAUGCUGAUUGAUGAACACAUACAUUUUAGUAGUGGGUUAAAAAAAUUAACGUACAUACGACUGGUUUAGUACUAUUUCACACGCUUAAAACUAUAUAAAAAUACGUCAUCUUUAGCGUUUCAACCGCAGCGCUAGCUCCCUUCCCAUACAAUGGACUAUAUCGUACAUGUUACUGCACAUGUGCAGAAUGAUUCCGGAAGACCUGAGUGAUUUAAGAGAAACAGGAUUAAACAAAUAAUAUAAAUAACAGUAAAAUAAAUAUUUAUUAAAAAUUGAUAGAUAAUAAAUAUUAAGUAAAAGCCAGACCAAAGAGGUUGGUCUUGAGCCCGGAAUUGGUUUUCAAACUUGAUGAAGUAAAUUGGCACCCAUACUUCACAUGCACUAGAGGUCGCCAUUUCCUGCUUGAACGCUCCAAUCCACUUGCUCCUAUAGAGAACACACUGGUCAUGUUAUUUGCAUGGAGAUUAUCCUCCAUGGUUUUAUCCUCUCAUGGGUCAAAGUUGGGUCAAACAAUCUAUAGACCGCAAUAUUUUUAAAAAUAAAAUGCUGUUGUUGAGUUCUGCUCAAGUUCAGCAUACUUUAUUGGAUGCCAAUGGUCCAGGUCGUGUCAAUAACAUACAAAAAAACAGGGUUGGCAUCGGCCCAGUUGCCAUGGAGAUGAGUCAGCUGGCUGAGAUGGAUUAGUUUGUCCCAUCAUCUCCAUGGAAACCGUACUAACGCCAUCCUGUGAUUAAGGGCAUGUGACGUAUACUGUAUAAGGAAAAAAAAAACAACAAAACACACCAGGUCAUCCUAGAUUUUAAAUGGCAUGGUUUGAACAAAAUGCUUUAAUCCCAACUGUUUUCAAAGAAACGGUCUCCAUGACAGCCACACUUGUAUUACACAACUAGCAUAUGUUAGCUUGUUCCUUAUAAAGCCCCCCAAAAAAGUCUUGUGGCAUGAUGACUAAGCGCCGACUUCAUUAUAGUCAGCGUCACCAGUGAUCUCCUAGAGGAACAAUACAGCGUUUGUUCAACAUAAUCCCUACACCUGGAUUAGAACUGGACUGAGACAAGCAAGUUGAGGCAUUUUAUAUCCCAAUUUAAUGAUCCAAUUUCUGCUUUUUAGCAAGGUAUUUCUUAAUGUAUAUACAAUACAUAUGUAUAUUUUUUAAUUAACAUUUCCUUGUGAUCAUUUGGGAAUAUUUUGGUCAGUUUUAUAUUUACCUUUAAUACAGCCGGUGCAAACUCCAAUCAUAAUAAUCAACAUAUAAUUUAAUUAAAACAGCAACACAGUAUUAUUCUUUUAAAGACAUUUCUUGGAUUUCAGUGUAUCUCAUUAAAUUGUAUAAAAAAAGCACAAACCUAUUGCAACACAUUCUAAUUCAAUGAAUAAUCCGGCUUCUGCCAUUGAGACAUUCAGCACAGGAUAUCAACACAAUAGGAUUCUUGUUCACGGUCUACUAUUUAACCUCAUUGGCCCAAAAGAGAGGAAAAAAAAAAGCUUUACAGUGUAGACGGUGAGAGGGGACUGGACGGAUAAAUACCUCAAAUCUAUCGUGUGAGAGCGCAGGCUUGUACUUUUCUACUUCAAGAGUUUGCUUUGUGCACACAGGCAUCAUGGUCAGCAGAUUUGAACACCCAGCCGGCGGCUACAAGAAAAUAUUUGAGACAUGUGAGGAGCUUGCUGAGCCCCUUCCAGCAACAGUCAUAGGGAGGAUUCCUUCCUUUCUGAAGGGAAGUCUUCUGCGAUUGGGUCCAGGUCUUUUCGAGGUGGGAGAUGAGCCCUUCUACCAUCUCUUUGACGGACAGGCGCUCAUGCACAAAUUUGACUUCAAGAAUGGCCAGGUCACCUACUUUCGCAAAUUCGUCAAAACUGACGCCUACGUCCGAGCCAUCACAGAGAAGCGUGUCGUGAUCACAGAGUUUGGAACGUUUGCCUAUCCUGACCCCUGCAAGAACAUCUUCUCCAGGUUUUUCUCCUACUUUAAAGGUGUAGAGGUCACAGAUAACUGCUUGGUCAAUGUCUAUCCGGUGGGUGAGGAUUUUUAUGCUGUGACAGAAACCAACUACAUCACCAAAGUGGACACUGACACACUGGACACGCUGAAAAAGGUCGACAUGUGCAACUAUGUCAACGUCAACGGUGUGACAGCGCACCCCCACAUCGAGAGAGACGGCACGGUGUACAACAUCGGAAACUGCAUGGGGAAAGGAGCCACGCUGGCUUAUAACAUUGUCAAGAUUCCACCCACACAGAAAGACAAGUCGGACCCCAUCGAGAAGUCCAAGGUGGUGGUUCAGUUUCCCAGUGCUGAGAGGUUCAAGCCCGCCUAUGUGCACAGCUUUGGCAUGUCCGAAAACUACUUUGUCUUCGUGGAGACCCCCGUGAAAAUCAACCUUCUAAAGUUCUUGAGUGCCUGGAGCAUCCGAGGUUCCAACUACAUGGACUGCUUCGAGUCCAACGAGAGCCAAGGAACGUUGUUCCACAUCGCCAAGAAGGACCCAGGGGAGUACAUUGACCACAAGUUCAAAGGAGCACCCAUCGGCAUGUUCCACCACAUCAACACCUACGAGGACAAUGGCUUUGUUGUGUUUGACUUGUGUGCAUGGAAGGGCUUUGAGUUUGUGUAUAAUUACCUUUGGCUGGCCAACCUGAGGGCCAACUGGGAAGAGGUGAAAAAGGCAGCCAUGAUAGCUCCCCAGCCAGAGGUCCGCAGAUACGUCAUUCCCUUGGAUGUCCACAAGGAAGAGCAAGGGAAGAACCUGGUCAGCUUGCCCUACACCACAGCUACAGCAGUGAUGCACGCUGAUGGGACCAUCUGGCUGGAGCCUGAGGUGCUGUUUGCUGGACCUCGCCAAGCUUUUGAGUUCCCGCAGAUCAACUAUGAAAAGUAUGCAGGGAAAAAUUACACUUACGCCUACGGCCUGGGACUCAACCACUUCAUACCUGACAGGAUCUGCAAGUUGAACGUCAAGACCAAGGAGACCUGGGUUUGGCAAGAACCAGACUCCUACCCUUCAGAACCCCUUUUUGUCCAGACUCCUGAUGGUGUAGAUGAGGAUGAUGGUGUGUUGCUGACCAUUGUGGUGGCUCCCGGGUCCCAGAGACCAGGAUAUCUCCUCAUCCUCAACGCCAAGGAUCUGUCUGAGAUCGCCAGAGCGGAAGUGGAGUGCACCAUCCCUGUCACCUUCCACGGCAUGUACAAGCCACAGUAGUGACUUCAGUAAAGAGAUCCCUUCUCAGGCUCAUUUCAUGUUUAUGUCUAUGUAUAAAAAUAUGAAUAAAGCUCUCUCGAUAAAUGGUGCUACUUUGUUUACUUUU